UUGCAACACAAAAUUAAAAUUUGGUAGUGUGAAUAGUUUAAAAAAAUCAUCCUAAGUUUACUAAAUUUAAAAAUUACUAUUAAGUACCUAAUAUAGUAAGGCUCUGUUAAUAUACGAGUAUAUAAUGUCUAUAUAAAUACAUUUUAAAAUCAAUCAAAAUGGCAAAUACAGUGAAGGAAUUAUUGAACAAUAAUAAAGCCUACGACUACGGAAAAGAUUACGAAAUAGGAAUAUUUGCUUACCUAGCUAUCAAAAGUACCCUUUCUUCUGAAAUUGAAGACUUCAAAAUCGCCAUUAACGCAAUAGGGCAUAAAAAUUUAGAUGAUAUAGUUUUACAAGUGUAUGAAAAAGAAACACUCAAAGAGAUAUAUUUAUUUCAACUAAAACACAAACUGAAGGUUAAUAAAUCUGUAAAGCAAUUUAGGGAUUUUAAUAAAUACGAAACAAGUUACAAUCAGUUAAAGAACAUAUACAAUACAAAACUAACCUCCAUAUUAUUUACUGACUCUAAAUCUGAGGCGAAUAAAAUGAUUGAGCAAAAUGAUAAUAACAACAACUUUUUAAAUUACAUCAAUACUCAAAACAGUGAAUCAAGGAUAUAUAAACCAAAAGUUGAGGACUCUGAUUUUUACCAAAAUUGUUAUAUCUUAACAGACCAAGUCCAUGCUAAAAAGUUGGAAGAAUAUUUUUAUAAUAAUGUUUUUGAAAGAAAUGUGCCAAAAGAGGUAAUAAAAAAAAUUCUUGAAUUCUUUAAAAUAUCAAUGGCCGAAAGAAAGUCACCGUUUUGCAAAGAAGAUGUCCUUAUUAUUUUAAAAGAGGUUAUAUUACAUCCCUGUGUCGUGUUUUUUGGGGAAAAUAAAGAAAGAACCGAAAAAAUUAAAAAUGCAACCGAAGUCUUACAUAUUUUUAAUCGAUUUCCUUUGACGGUGGUUUCAAAAGAUUUACUAUCAUGUUUUGUCAAAGAAAAAGUCGAGACAUACUUUAAAAUUAAAAUUAAAGAUUGGAAGAAAGAGUUAAGUGAUGAAGAGGAACAAAGUUUGGUAUACAAAAAUGAAAAGCUUAAAGUUCACGGAAUACGAAGAAAACCUUUUGGUGAACUAACCCAUGAGGGGUUGGUUUAUUUGUUGUGGAACCUGAACGAAAUUCCACUAAUAGUGAAAUAUACAGAAGAAUAUAAAAAACAAAUUGAUUACCUUCUAAACACAGUCAAUCAUGUUGCUCAACGCUCAAUUGUUUUGGUAUGCGAACAGAAAAUUGUACCACCAGAUUAUAACAAGUUAAAAGUAUUUAAAACGUUGGGUGAUUUAGAUGGGAAUAAUGUUUUAAACGCUAUACAAAUAUCUCUGCAAAAAAAAGCCAAAAUAAAAUUAAAAGAUUUAACUGGUAAAGAAUUCUUGAGAAGAAUAACACCUACCACAUACCUGGAAAUAAUAAAUAGAAAGUCCUUUGGAAUAGAUUUUGUUGAAACCGAUAAAUAUAUAUCAAGAAAACUUGAUAUACAUCAGUUUAAGAGUGAAGUUUUAAGAAAAAAUAAAUAUUUAUUUGUUAUACAUGAGGACCGAUCCCAAGUUAAUUUAGAGGACUAUAUUAAAAACAUAGAAUCAUACGAAACGAAAAAUAUUGUUUAUUCCAACAAAAGUUUUUACGAAACAAUUAAAUUAGUUCAACCAAUAAAGAGACCAUGGUUGUGCCUUUCUAAACACGAAAACAACUAUGUUUGUUAUUUACAUAAUGGCUGUAUUAAUGAUAGAGAAUUAAGAGAGUAUCAAGUAAGCAAUGUAGUCAAUGAAAAAUAUCUUCUAGAAACAAAAUUCCCUAUAAAUUUAAUUUGUGGAACUGCUGGAAUGGGCAAGACCACUCUACUGAGGAAUAUCGAAAGGAAUAUUAAAAAUAAUUACUUCACCGUCUACCUAAACAUACCGGAGCAUGUCGUGUUUUUAAAAAGUUUUAACGAAACCAGCGACAUCAACUCGUUUUUGGAGUACAUAGCGAAAUGUCAACUUCAUAGCGAAAGCGAUAAAAAUCUUCUUCAAUUCAUGAAGGAUUUAUUGCACCAUCUACUCAAAACAAACCAAAUGGUUCUUUUAUUCGAUGGCAUAGACGAGGUGGACUUUGACUGUCAAAUCAUUAAACACAUCUACACAAAAUUAGGUGCCACCAUCUUCAUAACAACCAGAGGCGCGAAAAAAAUAGAAUUAGAAAAUAUUUUGAGUGUGCAGUCCAUUGAACUUAAAGAAUUCGAUCAACAGGACCAAACAAAGUAUUUAAAUGAAUCGGAUGUCAAACCAAACUUCAUCAAAAAUAUACUUAAGUGUGUUAUGACAGAUUUCUUAGGAAUACCGCUGAUUUUAAAGUUAGUUAUUGAUAUCCAUCCUUCAAUAACAUAUAAAGAAAAUGUUGAUAUAAUAUACAUAUUUGAUACCUACAUAAAACAAUACACUGAAUGUUACCAAAUGCCUAGUUUCUUUACACGCUUCUACGAGAAAGUGGCAUUUCUGACAUUUUUUGAUUAUUCUUUGAUAAGUGAUAUUUUUGAUAUGGACGAUUUGAUCAAUGAUAUACAGGAUUUUAAGAUCAGUUACAAAGGAAAUAAAAUCAUAUCAGGAUUUCUCAACAAUGAGACUGCUCUAUUUAUACAUAGGUCGUUUGCUGAAUUUCUUUGUGCUCAAUAUUUACACAAGAUUGCCAAGAAAGUGAAGGACAAAUUUAAAGUACUAUAUGAACUUUUAUAUACAGAGGAACUUUUAAAUGUCAGAUAUUUUUUUGAUCUAAUGGCUACCAGAGAAAGAGUUCACCAUGAUCUCUUUCAUAAGAAGAAUAUAUCCUUAAGUGAUUUAGAAGAAGUGGAUGUUUUGGGUAGAACACCCUUACAUCUAGUCAUGGGUUAUGGUGGUAGAUAUACCUAUCCAUAUGAAGUUACAGGAGUCAAAAACUUCGGAAAACAACAAAAUAAAAUCCACAUAAUACAAAAACAGUUUUCAUUGGAUGAAAAAUUAUUAGACCGUAUUUUACAGUUGAUGAAAAAUAACAAUUUGGAUAUUAAAGAAGAUUUAUUAGGGUAUUUGCCUCAUGAGUAUGCUUUCUUGUCGCGGUCUUUUAUGUUCCUCAAUAUAAUUUGCCAACACUUUCCCCUACAAGUUUCAAUUCCACCCAUAUAUGAUAAGGCACUUUUUGUUUACAUAGCAGUAUGGCACAAUCUCUAUAAUGUCUUUAAAGAGGUGAUCUUUAAAUUGCAUCAAAAUAAUUUUGAACUGUCCCGAGACUUUCAGUUGAGUUUUGUCGAAGAAUGGGAUCAUCACAACACUGCUUUUACUCAGAGCCACAUCAAGGAUUUAAGGAAUCAAGUCACCUCAGAUUGGGAGAAAACCAUUUUGCACGUGGCAGCCGAAAAAAAUCACUGCAAAAUAAUAAAAUUCAUACUCGAACAAAAUAUAUUGCAUGUUGAUACGCUCUCUCUCAGCAACAAAACUGCAUAUUACUUUGCUGCAAAGGCAGGUAAAUCCGAAGCAAAAAAUGUUUUGAAGGAGAAAGGAGCAAAUAUAAAUCUAUCGAUUUGUGAUACGGUCAAACCGAAAGAAAUAAUUGAUUUGUCGGAACUUAUUAAAAAAGGAAUCGAUUUUGAAACAAUAAAGAAUAAAAUUGAAAUACAUAAAAUAGACAUAAAUGAGUAUGAUGUGGACAAUUGCACUCUUCUAUACAGAGCUGUUGAAUGUAGCCACAUAAAAGUUAUAAAUUAUUUGUUAAAGUCCAAAGCAAAAAUUAAUAAAAAAAGUAAAAGUAAUCUUGAAAGUGUUUUACACUGUGCCUCUGCUAAAUCAACUCCUAAAGUAGCAGAAAUUCUAGUGAAUCAAGGAAUGCGUAUUGAAGACCUCGAUAAAGACGGAUGGACCUCAUUGUUUCAUGCUGUGAAUAGUAAUAAUACUGACAUGAUUAACUGGUUGAUAAAUAAAAAAGCUGAUUUUAAUCAUUUGGAUUGUAAAAGGAGGAGUAUAUUGCACAUUAUGGCUUGGAAAUGUAAACCAGAUCUCGCCGAUUUGUUCAUAAAAAAAAACCGUCUUGAUGUAAAUUGCCAGGAUUUAAACGGGUGGACCCCUUUAUUUUCUGCUAUUUAUGGAAGAAACUGGAACAUGGUGAAAUGGUGGUUGACAAACUGUGAUGUAAACAUCAACUACAAAGAUAAAAAGGGAAUGAACAUAAUGCAUAUGGUUGCUAAGCAUGGAAAUACUGAAAUCGCUAGAUAUAUAUACGAGAAAUAUCCAGAAGAUAUUCCGAGAAAAGUUAAGAAUGAAAAUAAAUACAGUAAAACUCCAUAUAUGAUAAUAUCAAAUGAAAUAUUGAAUGCUAAAGAAAAUACAAACUUUGACGAGAAGGAAGAACUCAAACAGUGGUUUUUGAAUUUUUACUAAAUUUUGUGAAUACAGGGUAGCCCAACGAAAACAAAACAGGCAGUGUGGAAGUGCUCCAUCUUGUUGGAACACUGAAUGGUCUUCCAAGUGGCAGUCAUAGUUUUAAACCUUGAACAAUAACGACCAGUAAUACGGUUCUUCAUUCAGGUUACCAUCAAGAAAAAUGGCGCCAGACAAUAAGUUAUUGAGGAGUUGGAGUAAAAAACAGAUGUCAUCAUUGGAUUUUUUUUUUCAUUUAGUUCGUGGACCAAAUAAAUCUUGAUAUCGAAGGAUCCGUUUGAUGGUCCUUUUAGGAGUGUUAGUAAGCGUAGCCAAUUUCCUUGUGCUCGUUUCGUUUUCGUUGGGCCGCCCUGUACAUACAGUGACCGGCAUUCUUCACGAAAUUGAUUUUUCAAGUCUUCUAAAUUUUGUGGUCUGUUGAUGUAGACUUUUGAUUUAAGGUAGACCCAUAAAAAAUAAUUGAGAGGAGUGAAAUCUGGAGAUCACGCUGGCCACUCUUUCGGUCCUCGUCUGCCAAUCCACCUCUUAGAAAAACAUGUGUCCAAAAAGUACAUUUCUGCUAAUGUGCCCAGAUAGCACAAGAGGUACCUAGGACGUCCAUUUCGGGUCCGAAUGUUCCAGACCUAUAUCGGAAGUUUUGGACUCUUCAAUUCUGUAAAGCUUGUCCAAUAUUCCCCAAUAAAGCAUUUCAGGACGGCCAGAGGAUGUAUUACUUAGGACGUUGGGGACCGACGAUUUGGUAACAUCAGAUGUCCCUGCCUGAUUCGGACGUACUCGGGACUUACUAAUGUCUAAUACAAGAUAUCCUCAGGACGUUUCCAGUACUUCUUUGUGCUAUCUGGGUGGAAACUCUUCUUUUGCAAAAAUUCCAAAUACGGUUCUGUCAUAUUCUCGUCAAAGAAGAAAGGACCUUUGAUCCGAUUUUCUACCAUUUUUGCCCAUUCAUUCACUUUUGCCGGUAUUGGGAAUUUGCCCCUACUAAGAUUUUCUCUGCUCCAGUACUUACAAUUUGGUUGACUGUACCAUUCAAACAGAAGAUAGUUUCAUCCAAAAAAAAUAUUUUAGGAGGAAAGUGUGGAUUAUUCUUACAUAAAUUUAUUAUAGUUUCACAAAAUUGUAGUCUACGGUCCGGAUCAUCUUCGUUAAGUUCCUGCACUAGUCUAAUUUUGUAUGGAUGGAACUUGGUACGUAAUACUGAGCGUUGGCUGUCUUGACUUUCAGCUGCGACUAGACUAGAAGCACUGUGAGGAUCUUCUUCUAAACUUAACAAAAUGUCAAUUUUAGUGUCUUCACUAAUACUUGGACGGCCAGGUUUUCGAAUAUCUUUGACAUGUCCAGUAUCUCUGAAUUUCCGUUCAAUUUAACUAACCGUAGCACGAGUAAUAGGUCGAGCUGGAUACUUUGCAUUAAAUAAAUUGCAAUUUUCUUGUUGUGUUCUAGUUUUAUUGUCACAUUCUAUGAGAAUUAAAACUAUUUUCUGUGUUUCCGUUAAAUGGCCUAUAUUUAAAUACUUCAAAAUAUUUGGAGAACGCUUAAGAGACAGAUACUUCAUUGAACGCUCAACUAAAAGUUUUUACAUCUAGUAGUUUUUAUGCUAACAAAGAUAUAUAAAAUAAAAAACUUUCAUAUAUCGACACUAUCCACACUUUUGACGGUCACAGUAUAUUUAAAUGUAAUGAAACUUUGGUAAACAUCUUCUACUUCUUCUUGGAUGUGAAAACGUUUUCGUCUUUAGGUCACCCUUUAGCUUUUGUAAACCUAAAAAUAAAUGUACUUUAUUGAAUAAAUGUGUUAAUUAAG